AUUAAAACGGAAAAUAAGGAGAAAACGGCGGGUUUUGUUUGUUCAGGGUGUCUCCAAGGGGGAGCAGGGCUUAGCUGCGCUAAUUAAUGUUAAUUAUUUGGGGGGGUGGGGUGGGGCUGUGCCUUGCUCACCCCCUUUUAUCAGCCCGUUAUGAAUAUGGAAAUGCGGGAACAGGGGAGGAGGAGAAGCAGAUAAUGGGGAACGGGCGCUUCCUCUCGGCCCAGCAGGUGGAGGGGAGUCCCCGCCCCCCCCACACCUGGGGGAGGUGCCCGGGCUGGGAUUGGGGGGGUCCGGGGGGGCGGAGCCGCCGCUCGUUCCCAGCCGGGCCGGCCCCGGGCAUGGCUUCCCGGGAGCGGCUGUGCGAGCUCUGGAUGCUCUACUUCGCCAAGAAGGACCUGUCCUACCUGCAGCAGUGGCUGGAGGCCUUCGUCACCAGCUUCGAGAGGGUCAUCGCCCUGCCCUCGCUGGAGCCCCGCAGGCCGGAGGAUCCGGGCUCGGAGAUCCCGGCGCUGCCGCGGGAGGUGCUGCAGGUGCUGAGCCAGAGGCUGGGACACAGCGUGGCCCUGGGGACACGGGACGGGGACAGGGGGACGGGGCUGGGCCAGGCCCUGCUGCUCCUCAAGUUCUUCAUCAUCAUCUGCAGGAACCUGGAGAACAUCCAGCCUGACAGGACCCCCGGCUGCCUCCCGCACGUGCUGCGGCUGCUGCGGCUCUGCGGGAACCAGCUGCGGAGCAUCCCAGGGGACGAGCGGAGCCGGACACAGCUGGGAAACGGGACACAGCUGGGAAAUGGGACACAGCUGGGAAAUGGGACACAGCUGGAGAAGGGAACACAGCUGGGAAAUGGGACACAGCUGGGAAAUGGGACACAGCUGGAGAAGGGAACACAGCUGGAGAGCCGGGAGAAUGGGGCACAGCUGGAAAAUGGGGCACAGAUUGAGAAGGGGACACGACUGGAAAACGGGACACAGCUGGAGACGCGGACCCAGCUGGAGAACGGGAUGCUCCACGCCCUGCACCUCUGCGAGUGCUUCCUCGACCCCUACCAGACCUGGCGGCGGCAGCUGAGCGGGGAAUCCAUCAGCGCCAAGGAGAAGAACAAAUACAAGUUCGCCCCCGCCCCGCUGCCCCCCGAGUUCGGUGCCUUUUUCCAAGAGAGUUUCCAAGCUGGGAAGCAGCUCCCAGAAACGAUCCAGCUCCGGAUUAUCCAUCUUUUUGGAGCCAUCCUCUCUGGAUCCAAGCCCAACGCGCUCCAGGCCAUCACGCCGGCGGCGCUGGAGGUGCUGCUGGGGGUGCUGCAGCGGGGUGGCAGCGGGGCCCCCCCGUCCCCCGCGCUGCUGGAGGUGACGCUGCGCUCCGUGGUGGCCGCCGUGCACGUCCUGCACGGCUCCAGCCCCGGCGCCGGCCCCGUGUCCCUGCGGAACCUACUGGAUGGAUACUUCAGGGUGCUCAACUCCCACCUGCCCGCGGCAUCCCUGGCGCCCGAGGCGGCCGGCGGCCUCAUCGCGCUGCGGGUGCUCAUGUUGGACGCCAUCCCGGCCAUGCUGAGCUGCCAGGACCGGCCGGUGCUCCAGGCCGUGUUCCUCAGCAACAACUGCUUCGAGCACAUCAUCCGCCUGCUCCAGAACAGCAAGCUCUACCUCGGCAGCUCACGGGAGGUGGAUGAAACCCGGGAUGAGGCUCCCACACGGAAUGGGGAUGGAUUCCAGCAGGUCAGCGCCUGCAGCUCCGACGCCAUCGCUGUCCACGCCCUCGGCGUGCUCACGGCCAUCAUGAGCAACUCGCCCUCGGCCAAGGAGGUGUUCAAGGAGCGCAUCGGCUACGCUCACCUCUUCGAGGUGCUGAGGAGCCAGGGCCAGCCCACCCAGCGUCUGCUCCAGGAGCUCCUCAACAUGGCAGUGGAGGGUGACCACAGCUCCUUCCCAGUGCACCCCAUCCGCAACGAGCAGCCCCUGCUGAUCCUGCUGGCCUGGCUGCCGGCGCUGGAGUGCCGGGAUCUCCAGGUGCUCCUGUCGGCGUGGCUGCGGCGGCUCUGCGAGGCCUCCCUGCCCAGCCGCCUCACCUGCGUCAAGGCAGGCAUGGUGGGCUCCCUGCUGGGCGCCCUGGCCACCGAGCCAGCGCUGCCCAGUGCCUGCUCCCAAAACCUGCUGGAGCUGCUGCGCUCCUUGGGCAGCCUCUCCAUCCGGCCCGGGGAGCUGCGGCAGCUCCUGCGGCUGCUGCGGCGUGAGCGGGGCCGGGGGCCGCAUCCCUACGUGGCUCCGGUCAUCCGGGCACUGUCCGGCAUGGCCAGGGGUGAGGGCCCUCCCCGGGCGCUGCAGAGCUUCGACCUGAGCCCCGGCAUGGCCGGCAUCAUGGUGCCCACCAUCCAGAAGUGGCCCGGCGGCGCCUUCGCCUUCCACGCCUGGCUGUGCCUGAGCGAGGAGGAGCCGGAGCCGCCGGCGAGGCCCAAGAGGAGGCAGCUCUACAGCUUCUUCACGGCGGGCGGGACGGGCUUUGAGGCGUUCUUCACGGCGGGCGGCGUGCUGGUGGUGGCCGUGUGCACCAAGAAGGACUACAUGACGGUGGCACUGCCGGAGUUUGCCUUCAAUGACUCGGCUUGGCACUGCGUUGACAUCGUCCACGUUGCCGGCCGCCGGCCCUUCGGCCAGAACAUCGUCAGCAUCUACGCCGACGGACACCUGCGGAAAACGGCGCAGCUCCGCUUCCCGUCCCUCCACGAGUCCUUCACCUCCUGCUGCAUCGGCUCCGCGGGCCACCGGACCACCACGACGGCCGCCACCACUGCCAGCCACGCUCCGGCAUCCCAUGGGCCGGAGCUGGUCUUCCCCCAGCACCCUGUGCUGGCACGCUCCCAGUCUGUCCCUGCCACCCUUGGUCCCCACUCUUGGACCCCCACCCAGCUGCCCACGGAGGGGGUGGUGGCCACCACGGCAGCUGGCAGCCAGGACAUGGAGUGGGGCAGCCCCACCUCGCUGGAGGGGCACCUGGGCUCCGUGGCCAUCUUCUGCGAGGCUCUGCAGCAAACCCAGGUCAAGGCUCUGUUCUGUGCAGGACCAAAUGUCGCAUCCCCGUUCACGCUGGAAGGUGACUUGGUGGAGCUCAGCAGUAAACUCUUGCUGUACUACACCCCCCAGGCCUGCAGGAACAACAUCUGCUUGGACCUCUCUCCCAGCCACGGCUUGGACGGGAGGCUGACGGGACACAAGGUGGUCAACUGGGACAUCAAGGAUGUGGUCAACUGUGUGGGUGGCAUGGGGGUGCUCCUGCCCCUGCUCGAGCAAGUGGUGUCCAAGACAGAGGAGCCCGAGGAUGAGCAGGAGACCAACGACCUGGUGGGGCCGGAGCUGACAUCCUCCAGGAACGCCCAGGGCAUGCUCAUCCCACUGGGAAAGUCCUCAGAGAGCAGACUGGAGAGGAACAGCGUGGCCGCCUUCCUGCUGCUGGUGAAGAAUUUCCUGCGGAACCACGCCGUGAACCAGGAGAGCCUGGUGCAGUGCCACGGGCCAGCCAUCAUCGCAGCACUGCUGCACAAGGUCCCCGGCUCGCUGCUGGACAUGAGCACCUUGAUGGCCUCGCAGAUCCUCAUGGAGCAGGUGGCGUCCGAGGGCAGCGGGCUCCUGCUGCACCUCCUCUACCAGCACCUCCUCUUCGACUUCCGCAUCUGGAGCAACAGCGACUUCGCCGUGCGCUUAGGUCACAUCCAGUACCUGGCCAAUGUGGUCAAGGACCACAAGCAGCGCAUCCGCAAGAAGUACGGGGUGCAGUUCAUCCUGGACUCCAUCCGGACCUACUACGGCACCUCCAGGGAGAAGACCACAGCCACCGACGACAUCAGGACAGUGCAGACGUCCCUUUUCAGCCUGGUGAAGGAUUUCUUCUGCCGGAGCUUCUCCGGGGAGGAGAUGCAGAGCUUGCUGAACUACCUGGCUGGGGCACAGGAUGAGCAGCAGGUCUGUGGGGCGCUGGAGGUGAUCCACAGCCUGCUGAAGGGCUCCCCAGCCCAGGAGCAGCUCUUCGCCUUCCUCUUCGAGCCAGGCCACGUGGAGCUGCUCUUCUCCCUGCUGGUGCAGAAGAAGUUCUCGGAUGAAGUGCGGGAAAGGGUCUUCAAGAUCCUCUACAAGAUGCUGAAGUACGAGAAGGUCCCCGAGCGCAGCAAGAGCCGCCUGAAGCUGAAGGACAUCGGGUACCACGGGCUCAUCUCCUACCUCAGCGACAUUCCUGGCUCCAUGCUGCUCUUCCGCUGCCUCUCGGAGCAGGUCCUGGGAGCAGACCCUCCCAACUACAAGGACCUGGUGGCCGUGGUGUACCUGUCCCACCGGGCUGAGCUGAGCAUCCGACUCGACAUCUGCCGCAAGCUCUUCCACCUGAUCUAUGCGCAGCAGGACCUGGUGAAGCAGCUGGCCAGGUUGGCCGGCUGGCAGGACACGCUCACCAAGCUCUACGUGAAGGAAUCCUACGAGUGCCGCCAGCCCAGCCUGAGCACCUCGGGCUGCCCGGAGCUGCUGCGCCUCUCAGAGCCCCCCGGCAAGGACAGGCUGAGCCCUCCGCCCGCCGAGCUCCAGGAGCUCGAUGUCUUCCUCCCGCUGGGAUACGAGGCCUCGGACCAGGAGCUCUCCGAGGGUUUCUCCGACCACUCCAUCUCCCCGAGCGGCCGCACCAAGUCCUUCCACUCCUACAACUUCAAGUCCUUCGACUCCUCGGACCGGGCCAGCCGCUCGUCCUCCAACCCCGGGGACGGUCCCCCCUUCGACGGCGUCUACCACCCGCUGUCCCCCUUCUCCACCUCGCCCUUCGACCUGGGGCUGGACCUGGCCAGCACCAGCUCCAUGGCCACGGCCGAGAGCGGCACCCAGACCCCGGCCAGCGGCCCCGGCACCCCCUCACCGCUGGAGAGCUUCAAACCCUUCCCGGGAAUGCGAGCACGCAAGAGCUCCAGCCUGUCCAACGUCCUGGACGAGAGCAGCUACCAGGACGUGCUGCCCAGCGACAACAUCUCCAACACCAGCAACCCCCAGCAAACCCCCGAGGAGGAGCUGUGCAACCUGCUGACCAACAUCAUCUUCUCGGUGACGUGGCGCGGGGUGGAGGGCUGGGACGAGGCGGCCUGGAGGGAGCGCGGCCAGGUCUUCUCGGUGCUCACCAAGCUGGGCACGGCCUGCGAGCUGGUGAGGCCCCCGGACGAGAUCAAGCGCAGCCUGCUGGAGAUGAUGCUGGAGUCGGCGCUGACGGACCUCAAGGAGUCGGGCCCGGCCGCGCUGCCCGGGCUCACCCACAACGCCCUCAAGCUGCUGCGGCUGCUCCAGGAUUUCCUCUUCUCCGAGGGACACAACAACCAGGCCCUGUGGAGCGAGAAGAUCUACGAGGGGGUCAGCAGCCUGCUGGACAAGCUGGGCGUGUGGCACCACCUGGCCAACGGCACCCCCGACCUCAAGGAGAUGGCGCAGACGGGGCUGCGGGUGCUGCUGGGGUACAUCCUGCUGCAGGACCCCCAGCUGCACUCCCUGGCCUACGUGAAGCUGCACAGCCUCCUGCAGACCACGUCGGCCCCGCGGAGGGACGAGGCUUGCUACCUGCUGGGCAAGCUGGAGACGCCGCUGCGGCGCUCCCUGGAUUCCAGGUCGGAGAUCUUCUCCUGGUUGGUGCCCAUCAUCCGCACGCUCAUGGAUCAGUGCUACGAGACCCUGCAGCUGCAGCAGUUCCUGCCCUCGCUGCCCCCCACCAACGGCAGCCCCACCUUCUACGAGGAUUUCCAGCUCUUCUGCACCACCCCAGAGUGGAGGGGCUUCAUCGAGAAGCACGUGCAGCCCACCAUGGCCCAGUUUGAGAUGGACACGUUUGCCAGGAGCCACGACCUGAUGUCCAAUUUCUGGAACGCCUGUUACGAUGCCAUGAUGAGCAGCUCCCAGCGCCGCGAGCAGGAGAAGGCGGCCAGCCGCAAGUUGUUCCAGGAGCUGGUGCUGGAGCCGGCGGCGAAGCGCUGCAAGGCGGAGAACGCCCGGCACGCCAACGUCCUCAAGCAGACCAACAACCAGCAGAGCACCGUGCUGAAGCAGUGGCGCUCCCUGUGCCGCCUGCUCACCUCGCCCCGCUCCGCCUGGGCCGACCGGAACCCGCCGGAGGUUCGCUGGAAGCUGUCCAGUGCCGAGACCUACUCCCGGAUGAGGCUGAAGCUGGUGCCCAACCUCAAUUUCGACCAACACUUGGAGGCCAGCGCCCUACGGGACAAUCUGGGAGCUGACCACCUGCAGAACCCUGCCGAGUCCCUCCCGCUCGCCAUGGCCAAGGAGGCCAAGGUGAGCGAGCUGGAGGAUGACCAGCUGGCCGAGGAGGACCUCCCUGUCCUGGACAACCAGGCUGAGCCCAAGGAGCAGAACCAGCGGGAGAAGCUGGUGGUGUCGGAGGACUGCGAGCUCAUCACGACAGUGGCCGUGGUCCCUGGGCGCCUGGAGGUGACGACCCAGCACGUUUAUUUCUACGAUGGCAGCAGCGAGAAGGAGGAGACGGAGGGAGGGAUCGGCUACGACUUCAAGCGCCCCUUGUCCCACCUGCGCGAGGUCCACCUGCGCCGCUACAACCUGCGCCGCUCCGCCCUCGAGCUCUUCUUCAUCGACCAGGCCAACUACUUCCUCAACUUCAGAAAGAAGGUGGGGACCCCUCAUCCCCUCCCACAUCCCUCCCAGGGCCCGAGCUCUGGCCAUUCCACGUCCUCCUGUCCCCGCCAGGUGAGGAACAAGGUGUAUUCCUCCAUCCUUGGCCUGCGGCCCCCCAACCAGACUUAUUUCGGCAGCCGGUCCCCCCAGGAGCUGCUCAAAGCCUCGGGGCUCACACAGAAAUGGGUCCUGCGGGAGAUCUCCAACUUUGAGUACCUCAUGCAGCUGAACACCAUCGCGGGGCGUACCUACAACGACCUGUCCCAGUACCCCGUGUUCCCCUGGAUCCUGCGGGAUUACGUCUCGGAGACCCUGGACCUCACCAACCCGGCCGUGUUCCGGGACCUGUCCAAGCCCAUCGGGGUGGCCAACGAGCGGCACGCCCGGGACGUCAAGGAGAAGUACGAGAGCUUCGAGGACCCCACGGGCACGGUGGACAAGUUCCACUACGGCACUCACUACUCCAACGCCGCCGGGGUCAUGCACUACCUGAUCCGCACCGAGCCCUUCACCACCCUCCACAUCCAGCUGCAGAGCGGCAGGUUUGACUGCUCGGACCGGCAGUUCCACUCAGUGCCGGCGGCGUGGCAAGCCCGCAUGGAGAACCCGGUGGAUGUCAAGGAGCUCAUCCCAGAGUUCUUCUACUUCCCGGAGUUCCUGGAGAACCAGAAUGGGUUUGACCUGGGCUGUCUGCAGCUCUCCAAUGAGAAGGUUGGGGACGUGGUGCUGCCGCGGUGGGCGCGCUCCCGCGAGGAUUUCAUCCACCAGCACCGCAAAGCCCUGGAGUCGGAAUAUGUCUCCGCCCACCUCCACGAGUGGAUCGACCUCAUUUUUGGGUACAAACAGCGCGGCCCGGCCGCUGUGGAGGCCCUCAACGUCUUCUACUACUGCACCUACGAGGGGGCCGUGGACCUGGACGCCAUCACCGACGAGACGCAGCGCAAGGCUCUGGAGGGCAUCAUCAGCAACUUUGGGCAGACGCCCUGCCAGCUGCUCAAGGAGCCCCACCCAGCCCGGCUGUCGGCAGAGAGCGCUGCCCGCAGGCUGGCCCAGCUGGACACCCGCUCCCCCAACGUCUUCGAGAACCUGGACCAGCUCAAGUCCUUCUUUGUGGAGGGCAUCAGUGACGGGGUGGCCCUGGUGCAGGCCGUGGUCCCCAAGAACCAGGCGCAUUCCUUCAUCACUCAGGGAUCCCCCGACAUCCUGGUCACCGUGAGUGCCAACGGCUUGUUGGGGACCCAUAACUGGCUGCCCUACGACAAGAACAUCUCCAACUACUUCAGCUUCACCAAAGACCCCACUGUCACCAACACCAAGACCCAGCGCUUCCUGCAGGGCCCCUUCGCCCCCGGGGCCGACCUGAGCUCCCGCACGCUGGCCGUGUCCCCCGACGGGAAGCUGCUUUUCAGCGGGGGACAUUGGGACAACAGCCUCCGUGUCACCUCGCUGGCCAAGGGCAAGGUCGUGGGGCACAUCACCCGGCACAUAGAUGUUGUCACCUGCCUGUCACUCGACCUCUGCGGCAUCUACCUCAUUUCUGGCUCGCGGGACACCACCUGCAUGGUGUGGCAGGUCCUACAGCAGGGUGGCUUUUCCAGCGGCUUGGCUCCCAAACCCGUCCAGGUGCUUUACGGCCACGACGCCGAGGUGACGUGCGUGGCCAUCAGCACCGAGCUGGACAUGGCCGUGUCCGGCUCCAAGGACGGCACCAUCAUCACCCACACCGUGCGCCGGGGUCUCUUCAUCCGCUCCCUGCGGCCGCCCGGCGAGAGUUGUCCCCCCGCCGUCCUGUCCCACCUGGCCGUGGGGCCCGAGGGACAGGUGGUGGCCCAAACCGCCGUGGGGCAACCCUCCUGCUCCAAGGACAGGUUCGCGCUGCACCUGUACUCGGUGAACGGGAAACUCCUGUCCUCCGUCCCGCUGGACCGGGAGGUGACAGCCAUGUGCCUGACCGAGGACUUCGUGGUGCUGGGGACCUCGGAGUGUGGGCUGGAGAUCCGUGAGCUCCAGAGCCUCAGGGCGGCCGUGCCCCCCGUGCCCAUGCGGGUGCCUGUGCGCAGCGUGUCCGUCACCAAGGAGAAGAGCCACAUCCUGGUGGGGCUGGAGGAUGGAAAACUCAUCGUGGUGGGCGCUGGGCAGCCCGCAGAGGUGCGGCCGGGCCAGUUCCACCGGCGGCUGUGGCGUUCCACGCGGCGCAUCUCCCAGGUGUCGGCCGGAGAGACGGAAUACAACCCCUCCGAGGGCAGGGCCUAGGCUGGCACCCACCCCCACCCACCCACCCCGGGCCCUGAGCCCCCCACACGGACUGGGGGGGCCCCGAGAGCCCUGCCCCGCCCCACAUCCGUGGCCUUAUCCAGCCCCGCUGGGGUGCGCAGCCCCCCUGGAUUUUCGGGAGACGCUUCCCCCGCUCUCACAGCGGGAUGGGGGACAGGAGGAGGUGGGGACCCCUCGCUGGGAAAGGGGGGUGGCACAGCCCCCCCUCCCCCCGCCGUGCCCGCUGGCCAGGAGCCGGCAGCGUGUGGGUGUCCCCCCUGAUUUUUUAUUUCUAUCUGUUUUUAG